CGGAAGCGGAGCCAAGAUUGGGGCGUGGCUGAGCCCAGGUAGAGCUACCCUAUGGCCGGUGCAGCUGACGGGAUGAGGCGCUGCAGUCUCUGCGCUUUCGACGCCGUCCGGGGCCCCCGGCGGCUGAUGCGCGUGGGCCUGGCGCUGAUCCUGGUGGGCCACGUGAACCUGCUGCUCGGGGCCGUGCUGCACGGCACUGUACUGCGGCACGUGGCCAAUCCCCUUGGCGCCGUCACGCCGGAGUACACCGCGGCCAAUGUCAUCUCCGUUGGCUCGGGGCUGCUGAGCGUUUCCGUGGGACUUGUGGCCCUCCUGGCAUCCAGGAACCUUCUUCGCUCUCCACUGCACUGGGCCCUGCUGGCACUAGCUCUGGUGAACCUGCUCUUGUCUGCUGCCUGCUCCCUGGGCCUCCUUCUUGCUGUGUCACUCACUGUGGCCAACGGUGGCCACCGCCUUAUUGCUGACUGCCAUCCAGGACUGCUGGAUCCUCUGGUACCACUGGAUGAGGGGCUGGGACAUACUGACUGCCCCUUUGACCCCACAAGAAUCUAUGAUACAGCCUUGGCUCUCUGGAUCCCUUCUUUGCUCAUGUCUGCAGGGGAGGCUGCUCUAUCUGGUUACUGCUGUGUGGCUGCACUCACUCUACUUGGAGUUGGGCCCUGCAGGAAGGAGGGACUUCAGGGGCAGCUAGAGGAAAUGACAGAGCUUGAACCUCCUAAAUGUAAAAGGCAGGAAAAUGAGCAGCUGCUGGAUCAAAAUCAAGAGAUCCGAGGAUCACAGAGAAGCUGGGUUUAGGACAGCAGGUGCUGUUCCAAGACUCAAUCCCUAAGGGAUUUUUCCGCACUAAGCAAGGGGCCCUGACCACGGGAUGAGAUAAAAAAUUGUAAUAAAAUAACUUUUCUUCUA